AUGAAACCUUACUAAACACCUACAUCAUGCCAUUCUCGUAAGGGCAGUUUAAAGGUUCAACGUCAACCUCUUUAGGUAAUUAGCAAUUGUCCGGAAUACCAACAGUGUGCUGAUUAUUUACAAGAUAAAGUUUAAGGAUUGGAGUUGAGAGUCAAAAAUCUUAAUAGUUAACAUGCAGAUAGAUCGGCUACUAAGUCGAAAGUGGAUAUCCCUCUAUCGCCCUUUAUGAAUUAAAAGAAGGCUUGCUAAUCUAAUUAAAAAAUCGAUUCUCAGAGUUUUUAUGAGACCAUUAUCAACAAGAGAUUAGAGAACAUCAGCAAGAUCGAUCACUCUCCCAAACAUGUAAAGACUGAUUAAGCCUUCGCCAAUUAAGAUAAGUAUUCAACACAUAGUUAGUUUUCUAAUUUAAGCCAUUAUUAAAGUAAAUUGCAUAAUAACAGCAUUUUGAGAAUACAACAAUUGACUAAAAAGCUAAGAAAGUUUAAAAUGAUUAAGGAUUAAAAUUAAGAUGAAUGUGCACCUUCACUUGCAAAAAUUAAAUGCUUUUGUUAGGAACAUUGUAAUGAUUGUUUCGAUUUCUACAGAUGCACAGAUCUUGUCACUUUGAAAUACUUCAUCUAUUUAUUGCUAUAAGAGAUUAAUACACUUUACAGUUAGGAUGCAAUCAAAAUGGCAGACAACUCGUUAUAGUAUCAACAACAAAUUGAAAUGCUCAAAGAACAAUUAGAUCAUUAGAAAUCUGAUUAAUUGACAUUUUAAAAUUAGCUCAGAUUGUAGAAGAUGGUUGUAGAUACGUAAAAAUUAAUUUAAGACAUCAUCAAUGCCUUGUCAUCCAAAUAAAAUCAUAGUUUAUUAAUAAAUUAAGUAGAAGUCUUAAACAAGCAAAUGAAGGAUCUCAAAGAUAAUAUGUCUACAAAUCAAACUCAAAAUUAUCUCUCUUAGAAUACAACUUCAUUUGGACAAUAGCUUGCUAAAUGUGGAUUCGAUACAAAUUAACAACACUAAAUUAUGACCAAUGAAAGUUCCUUGAUAAAUUAAUCGAAUUACAAGACUUAAACUAGAGAUGAUAGAAAUUAGUCAUAAUUGAGUUCCAAAUCCAAAUCUCCUUAUUACAGAAACUAAAAAAAUCUUAAUUUUGAUAUUGAAACAUCUAAUGAAUAAAAUAAAAGGUUAUUAGAUGAAUAAACUAUUGUAAAUAGACAAUUGAUGGAGAACCUAUUUAAAUUGUAAACUGAAAAGUAAUCCAGUGAUUUCAAGGUCAUUCAGCUAUAAGAUGAAAUUAAAUAAAAAACUAAAUUAAUUAAAGACCUAGAAAAGAACAUGUACUCUGAAAAUUCAAAUACCUAUAACAAUCUUAAUUAAAGAAUAAUUGAUAUCAGCAAAAAUUUAGAUUAGGUAUUGAUAUAAAACUAGGAAUUGACUUAUGAGAAUAAUCACUUGCGUGAAAAGUAAGAUGAAUUCAAAUAGGCUGAAGAAAAGUAUUAUGAUUUGUAAUAAGACUUCAAUAAGUAGUACUAGUAAUUAAAUGCAGUGUUAAAGGAUAAUUUCAAUCUACAAAAAUAACAUCAAUAAAUUGAAAGUGAUUGCAAAAGCUAUUAAUAAUAAAUCAAAAAACUGUAAGACAAAUGCUAACACCAUUAAACUUAUCUCGAGAAUCAUCAUUAAAUUGAGUAUAUGGAGUAGUAAAUCAAAGAAUUAUAAAUCCAAUAAUAGGAAUAGAAUAAAAUAAUAACUUUGAUUACAGAUGAAGCAUUAUAUCUAGGAUAGAUGACACUUUAUGCUUGUGACAUUUUAUCUAGAUAACCGAUUGAAGGCAUACCUACUACUCUUUUAAUGCUUCAAAAAGAUUUAAACGCAAAAAAAGGUACCAUAUAAUAGAAGAUGAACAUUCUCUAGUAAUUUGGAAAUAACAUGAAAGAUCAAGAGCCUCACAACAAACACUAAAUUUUGGAGAGUGUAGAUUAUAGGGAGAAGCUGAAUAGUGAAACUUCUACUCUAAGGUAAAAGAACGCUAGUUAUUAUGAUGAAACUUCAAGUACUGUAAAUUAAAAUAAUUAAUAAAAUGAAUUAAUGACCAUGUUAUUACUUUAAUGUAAUAUCAUUGAAAAAAUGAUGGAAUUUUGA